AUGACACAAAUAAAUGACGAGUCUUUAUCCAUGUUCUUCGAUUCGGACUUCAAUCCGUCUAAUUACGUUGAUGCGCUUUUCCAAUCAAUAUCAAAUAAUAAACUACAAUCACAGGUUUAUUCAAAAACCAACCUUCAAAGCUUAUCAAAUAAAUGUUCAAAUUUAGUAACACAUCUUGACUACCAUACCAGUGAGUUGUCAAAUGAUUUAAUUAAUCAAAUCGAAGUCUUACAAAAUUCUUCAAAGGUUAUCACGCAGGGAUUGAAUAACGAUGAAGUCCCAAACGCACUGAAUGAUAUGACCAGAUUACAAUACUUUAUAAAUACCUUGAACAAUUCUAUACUACUAUUACAAACCGAUAUAAAACAGGUGAAUGAAGAGUUGAACGAAAAUAAUGAGUCUCAGCCAGAAUCCAUUGAUAACUUAAUAAAGUUGAAAAGUAUAAAGAAUAAUUUAUAUCAAGUGCUAGUUAUUUUUGAAAGGCUCAACUCAAUUAAUAUAAACAACCCAGAUUCAACAACAGUUGAAUCGUUUCAAAGCUCGCUAAAUAACCUAUAUGAUACUAUUAGAAAUCAGUUAAGUAAUGAAAAAAAUGAAAUCAAUCAACUUCUAGUCACAAAUAUCAAUGAGCUAGUCAAUUUAUUGCCCUUGCUUCAAAAUUUGACAAACUUCUAUCCUAUUUAUAAAAGAUUCACCAGUAAAUUAAAUACUGAAUUAGACCACUAUUUAAAUACAAAUAAGCAUGUUUGA